CUCGAUGACGACAGUCAAGAUGCCCAAUAUCCAUCGAACCCGUUCCGCCGUUCCUGUUCCUGAUCCAGAUCGGCUAUAUCCAUCCCCCAUUGAACGGUCAUUUGGUCCAACGCUCGACUUUGAUGAUGAUAUGUUCCUGUUACUUGGCCGCUUUCGGUCCUGCCAUCUACCAGUUGAUGACCAACUCCAUCAAAAAAAGCCUCCGUUCUAUUAUCUCCAUCCUCAAUGCAGAGAACAAUACCGAUGGUCAAUCAAUAUCCAUACUAUAUUCGCAUUUCCGAACUCCUCUUUGAUUUGCCAUCUUUUCUCUGACUUGUGGCUGCUUUGCUUCUCCCUUGGAUAUGCGUAGUUGAAAAGUCGCCGGGUUCGAACUCCAGCAGCGAUAAAGCCUCCCAGAGCAGUCCGUUGAGAGCUGAGAGCAUCGAUUAUUAUAUUAUUAUAUCUAGCCUCAUUCGCCAUGAUUGUGGCAGAUAUCCUCGCCCUCGAUGGCUAUUAUCUAGCCGUAACAGCCCUGGUUACUCUCAUCUACCAACUCCUUUUUUUCACCAUUGCUUUCCUCUUUGACUGCGACAAGCUCACUGAUUUUGCGGGGGGGUCCAAUUUCAUUGUCCUCGCCGUCGUCACCCUAGUCCUCAGUGGCGCGUGGCAUACUCGCCAGAUCAUCGCCUCCAUGCUUCUCGUCUUAUGGGCAGCCCGGCUGUCAGGCUUUCUCCUCUUCCGCGUCCUCGGGACGGGGAAGGACGACCGUUUCGGCGGCCAUCGCGUCCCCUUUCUCCCUUUCCUCGGCGGUUGGCUUUUCCAGAUGAUCUGGGUCUGGACUGUGUCCCUGCCCGUUACCGUUCUCAACUCGCCAGCCAUUGCACGCUUCUUACAGCGCCCCUUUGGAACUGGCUGUGACAUCGCCGGAGUGGUCCUGUACGCUAUCGGGCUGGUCAUCGAGUCGGUCAGUGACGCCCAAAAGUAUCGGUUUCAUGCUCGCCAUCCCGAACCCGGGGCCAUAUGCGACACGGGCCUCUUCUACUUCUCCCGGCAUCCCAACUACUUUGGCGAGAUUCUCCUUCAGUUCUCCAUCUACACGGUGGCUGUCUCGGCUGCCGAUGGCCGCUAUGUCAGCAAUCAAGCCUCGCAGGGUCUCUAUGCUACGAUCCUCAGUCCUGUCGUCCUCAUGACGCUGAUCCUCUUCGUCUCGGGCCUGUCUCUUGUGGAACGGCCCAGUGCCAAGGAGAGGUACGAGCAGGACAAUGACUGGGAAACGUAUAGCCGCUACCUUCAACGGACGAGCAUUCUAAUACCCUUUUCUCCGCGAUUAUACGAACACGUGCCGACAUACUUCAAGCGCACCCUUUUUCUCGAGUUUCCCAUGUACGUCUUCGACCCAGCUAAGCAUGCUGAUGUUGGGCUUGGGGAGGGCUGUAGUGGAGUAGAUGCUGCGCGACUGGUGGCAGAAGGAGAUCUCAAGAGCACAAUAGGCCCGUCCUAUUGCAGGUUAGAUGAGGAAAAAGGGGUUCAAUGAAUCGGUCAUGUGUGCGGGACUUAUGAGGCAACCCAGUCCCCGACAAACGACAUAUUGACAUACGAGGGACAACGAACAUAAAAUGUGUCUUGUGAUGAGUAAACGAAUAUAACGAAGCCUGCGGUAAUCUCGAUAUCCUAUCGUCGUUCUCUUGUAUAAACCAAACAAAUAAAGAAAACAAAAAGGCAAAGAAAAAAGGUAUGUGGGAGGAAAAGAACACGAGGAUGAGGUUUUAUACAUGUAUCCUGAGUGGAGGUGAAGACGUAUUAUGAAAUCGAGUAG